GUUGUGACUGGUGGAUUCGUCAUUCCAUUCCGUGCAUCGCUGUUUCGUAUCGUACCUUGCGUCUGUGUUUGCAGGCAAUCCAAAGAAAUGGAAACUCCGACCGCGGAGACCGCCGUCGACCAAAACAGCAGCAACCAGCAAACACAGAGCAGUUACGGUGGGACGGAUGGAUUUUCACUGGCAGACAUCGGAGCUUACUUUAGCGCUCCUGCUAGACGUACCUUUGCCACCUGGGAGGAACUGGAGCUUGAAUUGCACAUCUCGGGUCCCUACGUACCAAGCAGCUGUUUCAUCGAGGUUUGCACGGCAGAGUCAAUGAAACAAGCCACACUGAUCCCUUUUGACAAGUGGGUCCAGCAAGCUGUUCCUGACACCUUUAACAUAUUCAUCUCUCAAGAUCACAGACUCAAGCCCGAGAGCGAUUAUGUGGCACGUUUUCUGCAUGAAGGAAUUGCUGUUGCUGUUAGUGAGAGCUUCUCUUUCACUGAAUGUGACAAUACUGACGAGCUGUUUGUGCUGAGCGUGAAAGAACUUCGUGAUCUCACUGCCUACCGGAAGCACUUUCGGGGAUGCCAGGCCAAGCUGAGCCAAGCUGAGAAGCAACUCCGAGAAGAGAGGCGGGAGAGGGCUAAGGAACGCGAGGUCAACCAGCUAAAUGAGGCUCUUGUCUGGGAGCUCAAGCAAGGCAUAGCAGCCAAGAAUGCAGAGUACAUGAGAGCUCUCAGUGAGGUGAAAGCAAAGCACAAGCAAGACAUGGAAGUGAAAGAAACAGCACUGUCUUGUACGAGAAAGCUGUUGGACGCAUCUGCCAAGAAUCUGACUACCCUCAGAGCAGAGCAUGAGGCACUUAUGGGUGACUACAAGCUGCAACAAGAGGCACUGGAUAAUGUUCAGGAACAGCUCUGUGCACAGGAAAGCACAAAAACCUUGCUUCGCAGUGAAAUCAAGAGCUUGCAGGAAAGCAGAGCUAAGUUUGCCCUGAGGGUAGUGAAUGUGAUGACAGAAAAUGAUAGCCUGAAGGAGACCAUCCAAAAGUUGUCCCAAAAGCCUGCUAUGUCUGAUAGUGGCAUGAGCACUGAGGAUGAUGACGAGACACUUGACAAUGAGGUGAACAACAACGUCAUCCUCACUUCGUCAGCUGCAAAGGAGCUUGAAGACAAAGUCAGGGAGAUGAUGGCUCGGCUCAAUGCUGCUGCUGACGAAUACGCCAAGCUGUACCGAAAGUUUAAGAAGCAAGAGAUGCUGCUGGCAUACUGCCGUUGUGCGACAACAAAUGACCAGCACACUGCCCGAUUCUCGGCAUCUAACCCACAGAUCACAUCUUGCAGAGCAGCCGCAGCUGCGUCUAAGGAACUUGCGACAAAGAAGGUUUCAGUCAGUGUGCCAGCCAUUGCUGAGUUGAAAGAGGUUGAUAUGGCACGUUUUCCAACCCUGGUGGACCUGUCCUGCAGCCUUCCUGGCACUUCAAAUCUGACCUGCCAGGAGUGCCCUCCCACAAUGGGAGUCGCUGCCACCAAGACCUCUAGCGUUGCAAUGGCAGACUCAUCUUUUCACAUUGGUGCUCGGCCCAAGACAACAAACCUUUCCGUGAUCUUCGACAGCCAGCAUGGUGACGUCACUCCGGCAUGUACCAAGUCACGCAAGGUCACUGCGCCGGCUUGGAGGAGGACUCCUCGAGCAUCACCGCUGUCCAGGAGUAGCCGACUGGCCACGCAAAGUAGCAGGCAUGGCUGGAACUUGCCGUGCGGAUUGCCACCUUACGGAUUUGGUGGGCCGACAACAUCCCACAGAGACCUGUGCCUGCAAGACGCAGCCGCGCAGACGGAUGGGACCACAACUACAGACAGUGCAGCACAAGUUGGAGCCUCUGUGCAACCAAUUCCUGGAACAUCUGAAGAGGAAGCAGCUGCAGAUCUUGACAGUACGUAUGUGGCAAUUGAGAUGCCUGAUGCAAACAGUGAGUCUACCCAGACAACCAGUACAGAGCCUGCAAUGGAGAUUUGCGUCCUUUGUACCGAAGAGGUGUGGGACCUAGAGAACCACAUGAGGGAUGUUCAUAAGCAACAGCCCUGCCCGGUCUGCAGUUGCCUGUUUGACAUCACACUGCCCACCACCUAUCUCGAGAAUCACAUUGAUGAACAUUUCACUCCCAUGUCAUUUCACUAGAGCCAGCAUUGGUCACUCAGCAUGCGUUGAUCACACUGGUGGUGGCGACAAGAUGUCAAAGCAAAAUCUUAUCAGUGCAGUUCAGGCAUCCUUCAGUAUUGGUGGUGUGCCAUUCAAAUUGUUUUGCAUUCAUUGUCAUUUUUAGCCGUUGCAAAAUACGGCGUAAGUAAUAUUGCGCAUACUAAAUUGCUGAAAAACGAUUCUCGUUCUUAACUAGAUGGUGAUAAGAAGCUAAUGCAGAAGUGAUCCCGGAUUUGGUCAGGUUACUGUUACGACAUUUGAUAACUUGGAGCUGGCAGUAGUUACCUGCGCUGCGACAUGUCAGACAGCAUUAUGUGCCCUGUUUAUUUACGAAUUGAAAUACUGCAUAGCAUGUGGUUAAUUUCACCACUGUACUUAUCAGUUUACUGCAUAAAUAAAAGCCUGUUUGGACUUUUUAUUAUGCAUAUUAGCAUUGUCUUCCCAUGGAUGUUGUGAUUUGCACUUGUCUAUCUGUCAAAAUUCUCUCUAAAAAUAUCAGUGCACAGACUUUUGUGGAACUUUGUGGUGACUUGUGUGUACAUGUGUUUGCUUAGUAAGUACUGCAUCGUUUAUUAUGCACAUGCCUCUUUUUACUAUUUUGUACUUGGCAAUCACAUAUGUAUGCCUUUUAUCUCAAUAUUCACUGUUUUUCUUUAUUUACAAGCUGUUGUGGCUCUUCACCUUUGGGGGAAACUUGUCUUUCCACAUUUUUACUCUAAAAGUAUGUCUGCAUUAGUUCUGUGCUAUGUUGAAGCCGUUGUAUUUGACAGUCAAUGUUAUGUGAAGCCAUAGAUGUCUAUCUUGCUACAAAGAAAAUAUGAAAGCAUUUCGUACGAACAUCAACACUUGUGUGUUGCUUUGUUUGGCAUGGCCUUCACUGUGCAACAAGUAUUUUCAACAUUGAACACUACCAGGUAUUCUCUGGAAGGCCUUAACCUUCAAUAAGCUACAUGUAGAUGACUGGUUGAGAGUGUACAGCUGGCUACAAGUUUGUUGGGACACAGGUUACAUAACAAAUGUGAACCAAAACUUUGAAUUAAAGGCUGCGCGCCAGGGGCGGUAUUCUCAGGCGAUCCACUUUCGGAGAUACUUUUAGUCUCGAGAUUUCAUGUGGCUAGCGUCGCAUGUGUUUGCUGAUUACAGCCAACCGUGCUGAGACUAGAGUGCCUUGCAUUGUGCCAGUAACACUGUCGCUUGUAGAUGCCGAUAUGUCUGGCACCAGUGACCUGAAGUCUCAUGGAAGUGAAAGUAUCUAGGAAAAUGAUUGGCCAAGAAUACGACCCCAGGCUUUGCAGAAAUUCAGCUUUUUCUUUCAACAUGUGUGUCCUGUAAACUUUUGUGGCCACAACUGUAUGUCUCGUCGCUGGGCUGUCUUCCUCCCUCGUGACAACUGCAUUUAUGUGCACAGUUUUGGUAACAAAUAAUUUUUUAUGCUUACAGAGCCAAGCUCAAGUUACUAUUGAGCAUGUUUAGUUAUUUGGAAAGUCACCGGCUGGUAAUAUGGUUACGGAGAAUGGCAUGUGGUUUUUAAGUUUCGAGACUGUUGUAUGGCACCCAUGAUUCUGUCACAAUAUUUUUGAGCACCUGCUUAUUUAAUCAGUUAACCAGCUUGUUCCUAGUCUGAGCUAUUGAAACUAGAGACCAUGAACCGUACACCUUUCAUUCCAUUUUGUACACUAAUAUCCCUGUGCUUCUGCAGCCUCGCUUGGUAGCCCUUACUUCUGACGCUCUUGCAAAAUAUCUGUAGCUAAUGUGUUAGACCCGACAUGGUUUGCAAUAAGCUGUCGAAUAGACACUUGAAACAAAUGCCAAGCCAAGCUAGAGAUGUAGACAGAUUACUGUGUUUGCAAGAAUAUGAGAGCUCCGCAAUUCAAAGCCUUGUGCUGCUGUUUAGAAUUGUGCUAAAUAUAUAAUGUGUGUGUAAUUUAACAGUUGGCCGUUGCCUAGCCGUAGUCAAUAGGCGCUCCGUUUGCGGCCAACUGAUUGAUUUUUCAACUUUUCGUCGUUUUCUUGUAUGCAAAACAUAUUCUUGGCAAAGAUGACUUAUUUGUUAUUACUGAUAUUGAUGCAUGUAAUCUACCAAACUGGCUUAAUUUGAUAUUUAUCCAUGGUGUCCUUUUAAGGGUGGUAGCUUACUCCCCCAGAGCUUUGCUCCGUGUUUCAUUCCGCAGCCGACUUUCUUACGCUAGUUCUUUGUUGUACCCAGAACAUUAGCGUGUAUGUGUUGGAACAUGGUUAGCUUUAUGACUAGCUUGUGUUGUAGACCGAUCACUUCCUAUGUGCUUUACUAUUUGGUUGGAGUGGUGGAACUGGAUUUGGCAAAUUAAAAUUUCGUGGCCACACUUGUAAUCUUAAGCUAGGAAACAUACCGUAGUGAACUAAAAGAUAUAUUUUUGCUGUGUUAAGAAUGCGUGCAAUGAAGUGCGUUGCACUAUAAACGGUGAUUUCAGUGAAUGCUGUUUCCACUGCGUCGCGAUAUCUUGACAGACAUUGAGUCAUCGAAAACUGCAAGCCAAGCAGGAAGUUGUCGUUGUGAAUGCUAAUCUUAGCACCCCAAGUUUACAAUUUCUGUUAUUCUUUGACAAAAAUGUAGCACUGGAAUGGAAGCUAUAGCAGUAUGGUAACGUGAAUGCACGUGGUCCCUACGCUGUGUGCCCCUUAACGUUAGUGCAUCAGAUGCCGUCUUGAGAAUAAGGGCACGUCUUGUAGCAUCACCUUCCGUACAACAUUUACGAAAAGUGGAAUAUAGACUCCUUAUGAAAUACUGAUAAUAUGUUGCGGUGUUGUAUCUAGAACACCUAUUUGCACAGUGAAGUUUUCUUGCUGAAUUGUUGCUGUUGCUUUGGUCAUUAUUUUGGCGAUUCCACGGUCAGGAAAUAAGCAGGAUUGAGUUAUUUGGAGAACACACUGCUAGUACAAAAAUUGUUCUUGUUUCAUUUUUAGAGGUUUGAGAAAGUGGAGUGCAAGCUCUCGCUACAAAGCUUCAGUAACGCAAGUCCUACCCAUGUGUAGCAGCUACACAUGUAGUGUGCAGUUACAAAAGAUUUGUGAAGUUUUGAUAGGUUUGGGGCACAAUGACUGUGCAGAGUGUUCCCACUGAAAUGUGCUUCCAAUCAGGCUCCAGCAGAGUGCACGUUCGUAAAAACAUUGAAAUUCAGGGGAGAUGUCUUAAAUGUGCAGUCUUGAAGAUUUCAUCACUCAUUACUUACAUGUGUGUGCAAUAAACAGUCAAGGAAGUAGCAGUGCUAAAAGUGAAUUGUAGUGCAUAACAAUGGGCCUUUUAUUAUUGUUGUAGGCCAUUUUCCCAGAAAAAUAAAAUAAAAUGUCACCACUA